GAUCUGGUGAAGAGGAUGACAUUGCAAGAAAAGGCAGGGAGUCUAGUGAGCGUGGCCGAUAGCAUUUCCCGCCUCGGAAUACCGUCCUAUGGAUGGUGGUCGGAGGCUUUGCAUGGUGUUUCCGAUACCGGACCUGCAACUUGGUUCAAUAAGACUAUAAUUCCUGGUGCCACCAGUUUCCCUCAAGUCAUCCUCACUGCAGCCUCGUUCAAUGAAUCUUUAUUCUAUACAAUCGGAAAGGUGGUUUCGACUGAAGCUAGAGCAAUGUACAACACUGGUGUAGCAGGUCUAACAUUUUGGUCGCCAAAUGUAAACAUCUUUCGGGAUCCAAGAUGGGGAAGAGGGCAAGAAACCCCAGGAGAAGAUCCAUUACUAGCUAGCAGAUAUGGGGUGCCUUUUGUUAGAGGUUUACAAGAACGAGAGGAUGGCGAUAAAGAAAAACUGAAGGUCGGAGCUUGCUGCAAGCAUUACACUGCCUAUGAUGUCGAUAAUUGGACCAGCGUUGAUCGAUUCCAUUUUAACGCCAUCGUAACAAAGCAAGAUUUGGAGGAUACAUAUAACCCUCCAUUCAAAAGCUGUGUUUUGGAUGGAAAUGUUGCAAGUGUUAUGUGUUCUUACAACCAAGUUAAUGGCGUACCAACUUGUGGUGAUAGGGCUCUUUUGGAAGGGAUGGUUCGUGGCGAAUGGAAACUAAACGGAUACAUUAGUUCCGACUGUGAUUCAUUACAUGUAAUGUUCAAAGACCAACGUUGGGCUGAAUACCCAGAGGAAGUUACCGCGGAUGCAUUAAAUGCAGGGUUGGAUCUUAACUGUGGGGAUUCACUAAAGAACUUCACAGCGAAUGCAGUAAAACGUGGGUUAGUGAAAGAAUCGGUGGUGGAUCGGGCUGUUACGAACAACUAUGUGACACUUAUGAGACUCGGGUUUUUUGAUGGUCACCCAAGCAAGCAAUUCUACGGGAAACUAGGAAAGAAAGACGUCUGCACCCCGGCUAACCAGGAGCUAGCCCGAGAAGCUGCAAGACAAGGAAUUGUGUUGCUUAAAAACGGAUUUGGAUCGUUGCCACUCCUACCAACGUCCAUCAAAUCUCUAGCAGUAAUCGGGCCUAAUGCGAAUGCCACAAAAGCCAUGAUUGGCAACUACGCAGGGGUUCCAUGCAAAUACACAACUCCUCUACAAGGCCUAUCGGAGAUUGUUAAAACUGUGUACGAGGAAGGCUGUGAUGUGAGGUGUAACUCGACCAAACGAUUUGAAAACGCUAAACAUGUGGCGUCUUCAGCAGACGCGGUGGUACUAGUCAUGGGAACAGAUCUUACGAUAGAGGCUGAAGCUCUAGAUAGAACCGAUAUAGACCUUCCUGGACAACAAAACCUUCUGGUUUCUGAGGUCGCUUAUGCAGCUAGAGGACCGGUGAUUCUUGUUAUAAUGUCUGGAGGUGGAAUGGAUGUUACAGUUGCAAAGUGUGAUCCAAAAGUCACCAGCAUUUUAUGGGUUGGGCUUCCUGGCCAAGAGGGUGGAGGUGCUUUAGCUGAUAUCAUUUUCGGUCGUCACAAUCCAAGUGGAAGACUACCCAUGACAUGGUAUCCACGAUCGUAUGUAGACAUGGUGCCAAUGACCAACAACAACAUGAGACCAGACCCAAGCACGGGCCAGUUAGGCCAAACCUACAGGUUCUAUAGAGGGGAAACCGUUUAUGAAUUUGGGUAUGGUUUAAGCUAUUCUUCAUAUGUUCACCGAGUCAUCAAAGCACCUAAAUUCGUGACGAUCCCAUUACACGAAGGUCACCCUUGUCGUUCAACCGCCUGCAACUCCAUCGAUGCAGGCGACAGGGUUUGCAGUGGUUUGGUAUUUGAUGUUGAUUUGAUGGUAACAAACAUCGGGAAAAUGGCCGGAAGCCACUCGGUGUUGAUAUUCUCUUCUCCUCCGACGAUCUUUAAUGCACCUCAGAAGCAGUUGGUGGAUUUCAAGAAGGUGUGGCUGGAGCCGUGGCAGCGAUCUGUGGUUAGCUUCAGCAUGGAUGCCUGCAAGCAUUUGAGUAUUGUUGAUGAAUUUGGUGCCAGGAAGGUUGCAUUGGGUCGCUAUCUUCUUCAGGUGGGUGAUAUUAAACACUACAUGAAUAUCCAGAUUUGAUAUGGGGUUGUGAUGUAGGUUUGAUAUCUAGGA